AUGAACGCAACGUCGUUCAUUGUAAUCACUGUGGCCGCAAUCGUCUGUCUGGGAAACCUCAGCACUGUAACAAGCACUGCAGAUCUACCAGUGGGUCGUACCAACGCGACCACCCCAAGCAACUCAAACGAGAACGAGGAGAGAUCUGUGCUCAACCUAGGCUGGCUUAGGUCGGGUUUUAAGAAUACUCCCAAUCUGAAGACUGUACCGGCGAAUGGGCCACCCACAAGUGGGGUGGAGGGUAUUCUGGGGAAGGCGUCUCAGCUCAAACCACGGUCAAUGACUCAAAACGAGAUAACAAAGGCUCAGCGUCUGGUGGAGAAGAGUCCAGAACUUCGCAAGAUGAAAUCGCUUGUCGGUACAAACCCCCAAACGUUCUCGAAGGAGCAAGUCAAGAGCAUGCAAGCAUUUGUGAAAAAGAAUCCGAAGACAGAUCCUGCAGCGCUUUUUGCCAUUUUGGGAAUCUUAGGGAUCAACGUUGCGGGUGCUAUUGCAGCUAUCGUGAGUUUAGUGAAGAAACCUAAAGACUGA